GGAAGCCCCCGCGCUCCCCCGCUGGGCUGUCGACAUGAAGGGCUGCUUCCGCGUGCUCUGCUGCCUGGCCGUGCUGGGUGUCGUGUCGGCUCAGCGGCAGGUGGCCGUACAGGAGGGACCUUUGUUUCGCACCGAGGGCUCCCAUGUCACCAUCUGGUGCAAUGUGAGCGGCUUCCAGGGCCCUUCUGAGCAGAAUUUCCAGUGGUCCAUCUACCUGCCGUCGGCCCCCGAGCGUGAGGUGCAGAUCAUCAGCACCGUGGACUCCUCCUUCCCCUAUGCCAUCUACACACAGCGCGUCCGUGGGGGCAAGAUCUACGUGGAGCGCACCCAGGGCAACGCGGUGCUGCUGCACAUCACUGACCUCCAGGCCCGGGACGCCGGCGAGUACGAGUGUCACACGCCCAGCACUGAUGACCAGUACUUUGGGAGUUACAGUGCCAAAACAAACCUCGUGGUGAUCCCCGACACUCUACAGACCACUGCCGUGCCCCAGUCGCUGCACAAGGUAGAGCAGGACCCUUUAGAGCUGACCUGUGAGGUGGCCACGGAGACUGUCCAGCACAGCCACCUGUCAGUGGCCUGGCUCCGGCAGAAGGGCAACGACAGGCCCGUGGAGGUCAUCGCCCUGGCCCGGGACUUCGUCCUGCAGUCCAGCAGCGAGUAUGCGCAGAGGCAGAGCCUGGGCGAGGUGCGGCUGGACAAGCUGGGGAGUACCACCUUCCGCCUCACCAUCUUCCACCUGCAGCCCUCCGACCAGGGCGAGUUCUACUGCAGAGCUGCCGAGUGGAUCCAGGAUCCUGAUGGCUCGUGGUACGCCAUGACGCAGAAGCGUUCCGAGGGCACCGUGGUCAACGUCCAACCCACUGACAAGGAGUUUCUGGUGCGGCUGGAGACCGAGAAGCGGCUGUACACUGCCGGCGAGGCGGCCGAGUUCAGGUGCAUCCUGGAGGCGCAGAAUGUCCCUGAUCGCUACUUUGCCGUCUCCUGGGCCUUCAACAGCUCGCUGAUCGCCAGCAUGGGGCCCAACGCAGUGCCAGUGCUCAACAAUGAGUUCGCCCACCGGGAGGCGCGGGGCCAGCUGAAAGUGGCCAAGGAAAGUGAUGGCGUCUUUGUGCUGAAGAUCUACCACCUCCGCCAGGAGGACAGUGGGAAGUACAACUGCCGAGUGACCGAGCGGGAGAAGACAGUCACGGGUGACUUCAUCGACAAGGAGAGCAAGCGGCCCAAGAACAUCCCUAUUGUCGUUCUGCCAAUCAAGAGCAGCAUCUCCGUGGAGGUCGCCAGCAACGCCAGCGUCAUCCUGGAGGGCGAGAACCUGCACUUCUCCUGCAGUGUCCGCACGGCGGGCCGGCCCCAGGGCCACUUCUCGGUCAUCUGGCAGCUUGUGGACAGGCAGAACCGCCGCAGCAACAUCCUCUGGCUGGACCGCGAGGGCUCCGUGCAGUACGGCGCCGCCUACUGGGAGCGCAGCCGCUUUGGAGGCAUCCAGCUGGAGCAGGUGCAGCCCGGCGCCUUCAGCCUGGGCCUCUUUGGCAGCAGGAAGGAGGACGAGGGCCAGUACGAGUGCCACGUGACGGAGUGGGUGCGGGCCGUGGACGGCGAGUGGCAGGUGGUGGGGGAGCGCCGCGCCAGCACCCCCAUCUCCAUCACAGCUCUUGAGACGGGCUUUGCAGUCACGGCCAUCUCCCGGACGCCGGGGGUCACCUACAGUGACUCCUUCGACUUGCAGUGCAUCCUCAAACCCCACUAUCCCAUCCGGGUGCCCGUGUCGGUGACGUGGCGCUUCCAGCCGGUGGGCACCCUCGAAUUCCACGACCUGGUGACCUUCACACGGGACGGAGGCGUGCAGUGGGGGGAUCGCUCUUCCAGCUUCCGGACACGGACGGCCAUUGAGAAGGCCGAGUCCAGCAACAACGUGCGUCUGAGCAUCAGCCGAGCCAGUGACACUGAGGCGGGCAAGUACCAGUGCGUGGCGGAGCUGUGGCGCAGGAACUACAACCACACCUGGACGCGGCUGGCCGAGCGCGCCUCCAACCUGCUGGAGAUCAGGGUGCUGCAGCCAGUGACCAAGCUGCAGGUGAGCAAAUCCAAGCGGACCCUCACGCUGGUGGAGAACAGGCCCAUCCAGCUGAACUGCUCCGUCAAGUCCCAGACCAGCCCCAACUCCCACUUCGCAGUGCUGUGGUACGUGCACAAGCCCUCGGACGCCGACGGCAAGCUCAUCCUCAAGACCACACACAACUCCGCCUUCGAGUACGGCACCUACGCCGAGGAGGAGGGCCUUCGCACCCGCCUGCAGUUCGAGAGACACGCCUUUGGGGGCCUGUUCAGCCUCACCGUCCAGCGGGCCGAGGUCAGCGACAGCGGCAGCUACUACUGCCACGUGGAGGAGUGGCUGCUGAGCCCCAACUACGCCUGGUACAAGCUGGCCGAGGAGGUGUCAGGGCGCACAGAGGUCACCGUGAAGCAGCCAGACAGCCGCCUGAAGCUUAGCCAAGCCCAGGGGAACCUGUCGGUGCUGGAGACGCAGCAGGUACGGCUGGAGUGCCUGGUCCUGAACCGCACGAGCGCCGCUUCACAGCUCCUGGUGGAGUGGUUCGUGUGGAAACCCAACCACCCCGAGCGGGAGGCCGUGGCCCGCCUGGGCCGGGAUGGCACCUUCCACUAUGGGGAGCAGGCAGCCAGGAACCGCCUACAGGGCCGACUGCAUGUCGAGAGCCCGGCCCCCGGCGCCUUCCGCCUCCUGGUGCAGAACGUGGCCGUGCAGGACUCGGGCACCUACAGCUGCCGUGUGGAGGAGUGGCUGCCCAGCCCCAGCGGCCGCUGGUACAAGCGGGCAGAGGACACAGCGGGGCAGACUGCCGUCACCAUCACACGGCCAGCUGCUGCCCUGCAGGUAGACAUGCUCGUGGCCAACACCACGGUGCCGGAGCAUGCGGAGUUCCAGCUUGACUGCCACGUCAUGUCGCGCUCAGGCCAGGACUCCCGCUUUUCCGUGGCCUGGUACUCCCUGCGGACAAAAGCCGGAGGCAAGAGGGGCGGCCAGGGCCUGGAGGAGGCAAGCGAGGAAGAGGAGGAGGAGGAGAAGGACAAGGAGGAGGAGGAGGACCCCACCGAGCGCACAGCCCUGCUGAGUGUGGGCCCAGACUCUGUCUUCGGGCCCGAGGGCGGCCCCUGGGAGGGGCGGCUGCGACUCCAGAGGCUCUCUCCGCUGCUCUUCCGCCUCACCGUGCUGCACGCCAGCCCCCGGGACACAGGAAACUACUCCUGCAGGGUGGGCGAGUGGCUGCCCAGCCCCCAGAAGGACUGGUACCAGCUGACCCAGGAGGAGUCGGCCCCCGUGAGCAUCCGCGUGCUGGACACAAGUUCCAGCCUUCAGUCUGUGAUCUGCUCCAAUGACGCCCUCUUCUACUUUGUCUUCUUCUACCCCUUCCCCAUCUUCGGCAUCCUCAUCAUCACCAUCCUGCUGGUACGCUUCAAAAGCCGCAGCUCCAGCAAGAAUUCAGAAGGGAAGAACGGGGUGCCCCUACUGUGGAUCAAAGAGCCACAUCUCAACUACUCUCCCACCUGCCUGGAGCCCCCCGUGCUCAGCAUCCACCCAGGAGCCAUCGACUAGGGGCCCAGGGUAUCUCCACUGAGAAGCUGAGGCUCUCCCUUGCCUGUUCGGUGUGGGGUGGGCACGCACAGGACCCCCACACUUGCGUGCCCCCACA